GAAUACUAUGACAAGGGAGAGCACGUCAUCCGGGAGGGAGAGGAGGGCAGCACCUUCUACAUCAUCGCACAGGGGAAGGUGAAGGUGACUCAGACCACCGAGGACCACCAGCUGCCGCAGACCAUCAACACGCUGCAGAAGGGAGACUACUUUGGAGAGAAAGCCCUAAUAAGCGAUGAUGUCCGGUCGGCUAACAUCAUAGCCGAGGAGAACGGGGUGGAGUGCCUCGUCAUCGACAGAGAGACAUUUAACCAGACGGUGGGGACCUUCAAUGAGCUGCAGAAGUACCUCGAGGGCUACGUGGCCACGCUGGAUCGCGACGACAAGAAGAGACACGCCAGGAGGUCGGUGUCCCGUCACCAGAGCCAGCCGCUGUCGGCGGACGUCAUCCAGCUGAAGGACAGGGUGUCGGCGUUUCCUCCGUCCAGGCCCUUCGAGCACCUGGAGGUCAUCGCCACCCUCGGGGUCGGCGGCUUCGGGCGAGUAGAACUGGUGAAGGUGCAGGACGAGGACGUCACCUUUGCUCUAAAGGUCAUCAAGAAAAAGCACAUCGUGGACAACAGGCAGGAGGAGCACAUCCACUCGGAGAGGAAGAUCCUCACGGAGGCCCGCUCGCCGUUCGUUGUCAAACUGUAUCGCACAUUUAAGGACAACAAGUACGUGUACAUGCUGCUGGAGGCCUGUCUGGGGGGGGAGAUCUGGAGUCUGCUCAGAGACAGGGGGAGUUUUGACGAGCCCACCGCCAAAUUCUGCGUCGGUUGCGUCACUGAGGCGUUCGAUUACCUCCAUCGCAAAGGGGUCCUCUACAGAGACCUGAAGCCUGAGAAUCUCAUGCUGGACGCUGAGGGGUACAUCAAGCUGGUUGACUUUGGUUUUGCCAAGAAGAUCCGAUGCGGCCAAAAGACCUGGACCUUCUGCGGGACACCGGAGUACGUGGCCCCCGAGAUCAUCCUCAACAAAGGCCACAACUUCAGUGUGGACUUCUGGUCUCUGGGCAUCCUGGUGUUUGAGCUCCUCACCGGCAGUCCCCCGUUCACCGGAAGUGACCAGAUGAUGACGUACACCUUCAUCUUGAAGGGAAUCGAGAAAAUGGACUUUCCCAAGAAGGUCACAAAGAGACCCGAGGACCUCAUACGGAAGCUGUGCAGGCGGAAUCCCUCAGAGCGACUGGGAAACCUCAAAAACGGAAUAACUGAUAUCAAGAAGCACCGGUGGUUUAACGGCUUCAACUGGGAGGGACUGAAGGCCAUGACUUUACCAUCACCUCUGAAAAGAGAACUCACGGGACCGACAGAUCACAGCUAUUUCGACAGCUACCCUCCGGACGAGGACAGUCCUCCAGAUGAGCUGUCCGGUUGGGACAUGGACUUCUGAGACUUUCCGCUCCAUCUUUCCUUGUUGUCCUUAAUGGGCAGAGUGGGUGUUCAGGGGAUCUUACAUGGUGGAGGUCCUCAUGUUCUCAGAAACAGUGACUGCACUAAGCUGCUAACUUUAUGAUCUUAUUGGCCGCCUUGACACAAAAACAAAAGACUCAAGUUUAACAGGUUGUUACGUUACCGUCACCAUCCAUUCAGCUAAUAUAUCUGACCGGCACUGCAGCAAAUCAUGUACAAUGUAGUGCUAAUAGUGGUACAACAAUUGCAGCGUGUUGUUAGCAUCAAAGCUAAAAUUCCUAAAACUGAAAUCUGCUGCUGAGGAAUGUUGCACCUUUGUGCUGCAAUCAGACGGCAGACGGCGGUUUUGUCACGUGAAGCCGAUGCAGAAGUGUCUUAAAACUUGCAUUUUCCCGUCUGACCAGCAGGGGUCAGUCAGGUUGCAAAGAAGACGUCUGAUUGUAUAGAAGUCUAUGAGAAAAUGUCACUACUCCUCACUUGAUUUAUGACCUCAGUAAACAUUGUAAACAUGC